UUUACUCCUAAAUCGAAAAAAGUCUAAAAAGGGCACAAAAAGCGAAAUGAGUGCUCGGUUUGGAGCCAAUAGGAACAGGAAUAGGGCGGUAAUUGCUAUUCCGAGUUUACUGCGAAAGGCGCUCUAUUCUAUUUGCCGCGCCUCUGUCCCUCCUCCAAUCUCCAUCUCCAGCUUACCAAGCUCAUCGACAUCAACCAUGGCGGCUAAUACUGAGACCCUUAAAACCAAGGUUUGCGUUGUCGGAAGUGGGCCCGCCGCCCACACUGCUGCCAUUUACGCCGCCCGUGCCGAGCUCAAGCCUAUUCUCUUCGAAGGAUGGAUGGCCAACGACAUCGCCCCUGGCGGCCAGCUCACUACCACAUCCGACGUCGAAAACUUCCCUGGUUUCCCCGAUGGCAUCCUCGGCAUCGAACUCAUGGACCGUUGCCGCAACCAGUCCCUUCGCUUCGGCACUCAGAUCUACUCCGAGACUGUAAACAAGGUCGAUUUAUCAUCCAAGCCAUUUAAGGUCUUCACCGAUUCCAAGACCGUCCUUGCCGAUUCCGUUAUUGUUGCCACUGGUGCGGUUGCCAAGCGUUUGACCUUUCCUGGAUCCGGUGAAACGAAUGGGUUCUGGAACCGAGGUAUUUCGGCUUGUGCUGUCUGUGAUGGCGCUGCGCCGCUUUUCAGAAACAAGCCCUUGGCGGUCAUUGGGGGCGGAGAUUCUGCCAUGGAAGAAGCCACUUUCCUCACCAAGUAUGGCUCCAAAGUGUAUAUUAUCCACCGAAGAGACACCUUCAGAGCUUCUAAGAUCAUGCAACAGCGGGUCUUGAGCAACCCUAAAAUCGAGGUGAUCUGGAAUUCCGUGGUUAAGGAAGCUUACGGCGACGCUGAUGGACGAGUCCUGGGAGGCCUGAAGGUCCAUGAUCUGGUCGCUGGAAAGGUUUCCGACCUGAAGGUUUCCGGAUUGUUCUUCGCUAUUGGUCACGAACCAGCCACCAAAUUCUUAGAUGGACAACUCCAACUCGAUUCUGAUGGCUACGUGCUGACGAAGCCAGGGACGACACACACCAGUGUUCGGGGAGUCUUUGCGGCCGGCGAUGUUCAGGAUAAGAAGUAUAGACAAGCUAUCACUGCUGCUGGAACGGGUUGCAUGGCAGCAUUGGAUGCAGAACACUACCUGCAAGAAAUUGGGUCUCAGGAGGGUAAGAGUGAUUGAUUUUAGAAUAUGCCUGGGUUUCCAAAAGUUGAAGCCAAUGCCCCAACGUUAAGUAUGACUGUCAAGGGAAAGCUUGUUGUGGACUGUCAAUACUUAUUGAUUAGGCAAGUUGGGGGAAGGGAUACAUGAGCAAAAUAUUAUUGCAUUUUCCAAGUAGGUUAUUUGGGGAUCAUUGCAUAACUUCUAGACUUCUAUUUUCGAGGAGGAACCAUUUGAAUUAUGCUUAGAUUGUCAUUAGCAACUUGUGCUUUGCAUUUAUGAGUAAUUGAACAUUUGAUGAGUUAAUUUUGCAGUGUAUAAAAAAAAAAUAGAAAAGUCGAAACUUAGAUCUU